UGACGUCAUACAUAGUAUAUAAACUACUCCCCUCUGCUCUACCGGGUGCGUUCAUAUUCCAGUCUCACCUUUUCCUUCGUCCCGGAAGCUUUUCCCUUCACCUUUGAUUCCUCUCCAGCCAAACAAACCUCCUGCCAGGACAUUUCUGAUUUCUGAAGCUGAAGUUGGAGUAAAAAGAAAAAGAAAUCAAAUAAUGGCAGAGGAGGAAGCUUGCUUAUUCGCCAUGCGCCUGGCUAGUGCAUCCGUACUUCCUAUGGUACUCAAAUCAGCCAUCGAACUUGACCUCCUGGAGCUUAUAGCCAAGGCUGGUCCUGGCGCCUACGUCUCCCCAUCGGAACUCGCCGCACAGCUCCCCACCCACAACCCGGAAGCUCCUAUCAUGCUUGAUCGCAUCCUCCGACUCCUGGCCACCUACUCUGUCCUCGAUUGCAAGCUCAACAAUCUGGCCGAUGGUGGCGUCGAGAGGCUCUACGGUCUGGCCCCUGUUUGCAAAUUCUUGACCAAGAACGCUGAUGGUGUGUCCAUGGCCCCUCUUUUGCUCAUGAAUCAAGAUAAGGUCCUCAUGGAAAGCUGGUAUCACUUAAAGGAUGCGGUUCUUGACGGAGGAAUCCCUUUCAACAAGGCCUACGGAAUGACUGCAUUCGAAUACCACGGAACCGAUCCCAGAUUCAACAAGGUGUUUAACCAGGGAAUGUCUAAUCACUCCACCAUUACCAUGAAGAAGAUUUUGGAAGUUUACAGAGGGUUUGAGGGCCUGAAGACCGUGGUCGACGUGGGGGGUGGAACUGGGGCUACGCUCAAUAUGAUCAUCAGCAAAUAUCCCACGAUCAAGGGCAUCAACUUUGAGCUCCCCCACGUCGUAGAGGACGCCCCGUCUCAUCCCGGGGUGGAGCAUGUGGGUGGGGAUAUGUUUGUUAGCGUCCCUAAAGGGGAUGCCAUUUUCAUGAAGUGGAUUUGCCAUGAUUGGAGCGACGACCACUGCCGGAAACUCUUGAAGAACUGCUACCAAGCACUUCCGGACAACGGGAAGGUGAUCCUUGCCGAAUGUGUCCUUCCGGAAGCCCCAGACACCUCGCUCGCUACUCAGAAUGUCGUCCACGUUGAUGUCGUCAUGUUGGCCCACAACCCUGGUGGGAAAGAGAGGACUGAGAAGGAUUUCGAGGCCUUGGCAAAGGGGGCUGGAUUCAAAGAAUUCCGCAAGGUUUGCUCUGCUGUCAAUACCUGGAUCAUGGAGCUGUGCAAAUGAAGGCUUAAAUGAACCCUUUGUUUUGGGAAUUCCUUUUGUCUCUUACGUGAUUGGAUUGGUGGUUUCUAAUCAGUACUAAUAUACCUUCCUUCUGUAUUACUAUUAUUUCACAGCAGCAUUGAAACGGAAUAAGAAAGUGAAUGAAAUCAAUACCUUUUUUUUCCUUUU